AUGCUGUUCUAUACGAUCGCUUCUCUUUUGCUUGUGGGCACCACGUUCGCGCAAACACCUCCCGGGUUCACGCCGAGCGUUAACAAGACCCUAGACGUUUAUUAUGGCUCCACAUACAUCACCCCAGGCCUUCUGAUUAAGAAAUCAGCUGUUGCGAAGGCUCCAGUGAUCGGAGUCACUGGAGAAACUCUGACUGGCAAAUACCUCUUAGCAAUGAUUGGAAAACCAGGCCAAGGAGCCAACGCCAAACGUGGGACAGUCCUUCAUGCCUUACUCCAGGAUUUUGCACCGAGUGGCCAAACCCAGAAUGGUACAAAUGUGCUCACGACAAAAGCGACUGGGCCGGCAUCCUAUUUCGGACCUGCACCUCCAGCAGAGACGCCAAAGCACCCCCAUAAUUACAUCUUUCUCCUUCAUGAGCAGCCAGCCAAUUUUGCUGUUCCUUCUGGCCAGAAAUCUGCAGUUUCAGGCCGCAUGGGGAUCGACUGGCCUAAAUUCAUGAAAGAUGCAGGUUUGUCGGAUCCACUGUAUGCAAACUAUCUUCAGGUACAAUCCGGCGACAAUACCAAGCGAGAAUGGCAGGCUUAG